GCUGACGCGCGACAGUCUCAGUGCCCAAACACGCGGGUUUGGCCGAGGCUUCUCUCAAGCCGCCACAGAUUGAUUCCCCAAGAACGGUCUACGAUCAUUGUUGCAGAAAGCGACGAGAGAGAUAGGAAGCGGGGACAGCCCACUGUCACGCUGUAAAAAGUAACAAAGAGUGUUUUCAGAAUCAUUAGCUGAUCAUAUAAAUCACGCUGUUUACUCCUUUGAAAAACUUUCACAUAUAAAAGGCCACGUCCUUUUUUUCAGGACCCGUGUAAGUGUAUUAAUUCACCGGACACGAGGACUAUAUCUUGUAACAAAUUAAAGGUUUCUGGCAGUUAUGCGAGAUUCUGGGGAAGUAUAGGAUUCGAUAGCACUGAGCAGAAGAUCAGGACUUCUUUUGUGAACUUGUGAUGAUCAUCUAGCGCCAUGCGGGACUGGUGCCUGAGCGGGUUUACUUACUUAGCACUGAUUUCUCUAGGUGCUUGUAUAAAGUGUUACAGGUGUGACAACGAAAACAAUGGGGCAUGCGGAGAGGAAUUUAAAUCGUACCAGUUUACAGCCUACGAGUGUGUUGACAAAAGCAUGAAAUGCGGCAAACAGACCCAGCUGCCUCUAGAAGACGGUUGGGUUGGUGUAAUACGGAGCUGUUACCAUCUCGGUUCCCUACCUGGGAUCAACGAAACCAAUGGCUGCCACUACUGGACUAACCCCAUUGACAAUUUUACUGCUCUCAUGUGCUUUUGUGACACUGACAUGUGUAAUGUUGGCAGUAUGCAGGGCCUUGCGUCAGAAGCAAUUACCUUUACCUUUAUAUUAAGUGCAGUUAUUCUCCUUAUGCAAAGUUUCCUGUGGUCUUGAGAAAUGAACAUGAUUGUCUCUUUUUUAAUUACUGUCUAUGUUAAUAUUUCUCAACCGAUAUCACAGGUGUAAGUAUAGCUUGAGUCGUUCAAACUGAUUUUAAUUUCAACAGGAACCUUUCACACAAACUGAGUUCAAAUAUACGCACGUGUCUUCUUUAAGUAUGGUGGGUUCUUUUUCAGAAAGACUGGGAGUGUAAAGAAUUGUGUAUCUGGGUGUGUAAACACUUGCAAACUUGCAGACAAC